AACACAUUCACCAUACCAAUAUUCAAACUCAACCGUGUCAUUUAAUUCAUUUGUUAAUUUAAUAUAGCAUUUAUCAUUAUUUAUUCGGUUAUAUUGUUAUUGAAAUUUGAAUUAUUAUUAUUUUAAACAAUAACUCAUAAGAAAUGUCUCCCACUCUCGGCUAUUGGGAUAUUCGUGGUUUGGCACAACCCAUACGUCUACUGCUGGCCUAUACGGACACCCCAUUCACGGAUAAGCGCUAUAAAGUGGGUCCCAAACCAGACUUGGAUCGCAGCCAAUGGACUAAUGAGAAGAACUCUUUGGGUCUACCCUUUCCUAACCUCCCUUACUAUAUCGAUGGAGAUAUCAAAAUCACGCAAAGUUUGGCAAUAAUCAGACAUUUGUCCCGAAAGUACCAAUUGAUGGGCAAUUCGGUUGAGGAGGACAACAGAAUCAGUUUAGUUGAACAACAGUUGAAGGAUAAUAACGGCGCCUUCACUAAGAUCUGCUAUAAUCCCAACUUCGAGACACUUAAAGUCGAUUACUUGAAACAAUUGCCACAAUCUCUGGAUCUGUUGAGCAAAUUCUUGGCCGAAAGACCUUAUUUUGCUGGUGAACGGCUAACGUAUGUAGACUUCUUGGCCUAUGAAUUCCUGGAUCAACAGAAACUCUUUGCCCCACAACUGGUCUCUCAAUACAAUAAUUUGGUUCAAUAUUUGGCUCGUUUUGAAUCGCUUCCAACCAUUGCUAAGUACAUGAAAUCUGACCGAUAUAUCCAAUGGCCGCUUAAUAACGAUUCCGCACUCUUUGGCUCUCGUUAUCAACAAAUACCAUAAAAACAUUCAAUCAAUCUCUUU